UGAGAGUCAGUGCUUAGAGAAGGGACAUUAAAUCCCUGCAUUCUCUGCGGCUCCUAAAGGGACAGUCAAAUUAUACACGGCGGAAUGAGACCCCAGUGAGCUCAGAAUGUCGUUCAAGAAGGAAACACCCCUCGCCAAUGCUGCAUUUUGGGCAGCCAGAAAGGGGAACCUGGCCCUUCUUCAGCUGUUGCUGAACAGUGGCCGUGUGGACAUCGACUGCAAAGACAGCUAUGGAACCUCAGCUCUGAUGGUGGCCUCCUACAGCGGGCAUUAUGACUGUGUGAGAGAGCUCAUCAUGCAAGGGGCAGACAUCAACCUGCAGAGGGAGACAGGUACUACAUCCCUGUUCUUUGCAGCACAGCAGGGACAUGAUGAUGUUAUUAAGCUCCUGUUUGAAUUUGGAGCUUCCACUGAAUUCCAGAAGAAGGACGGUGGCACGGCUCUGUGUGCCGCCUGCCAGAGUGGUCACUCCAAAGUAGUGGAGACGCUGCUCAAGAACGGAGCCAAUGUCCAUGACCAGCUUAGUGAUGGUGCCACUCCUCUGUUUUUAGCCUCUCAGGAAGGUCAUGUGACCAUCGUCCGUCAGCUGUUGUCAUCUGGAGCCAAAGUGAACCAGCCUCGUGAGGAUGGCACCACACCUCUGUGGAUAGCAGCCCAGAUGGGACACAGUGAAGUUGUGAAAGUUCUGCUACUGCGUGGUGCUGACCGAGAUUCUGACAGAAAUGAUGGCUCCACUGCACUUUUUAAAGCUGCACACAAUGGGCACUGUAAUGUCAUAGAGGAGCUCCUAAAGUUCAACCCAAAUCUUGGUCUUCUAAAGAAUGGUUCCACAGCUCUUCAUGCUGCAGUCAUGGGUGGAGAUCCAAAAACUGUGAUGCUUCUGCUGAAAGCAAAUGCUGAUCCUACUUUACGCAAUAAGAAUAAUGACCUACCAGCAGACCUCACAAAGAAUGAGCGCAUUCUAAGGAUUCUGCGGCCUCUGGUCUUAAAUGGAGAAAGUUGAUGACUGUUUCUUGGCCCUUGGAGUUUUAUAUCCUUGGUUUUUGUGGCUGACAAAAGUGCAUUAUACCAAGCCAAAAGAAAAAUUGCAACAACAAAUUCAAGAGUGCCUGCUUGUAUUUGCAACUUUAAAACUACUGUACUACAAGAAAUUCAUAAUUGCACAAAAUAACAGGAUUAUUCUUUGUCCUAAGGAAAACUGUUACAAGCUGUAAAUCAGUUUAAUUUACCUUUUUACACUUCAGGUCAUUAACUGUAACGGGAAUAAAGUAUGAUUCGACUGAGUUUUUUCUUUUUAUCAUUAAUGGUGUGAUUUCCAUUAACAUUCUGUAAUGACCAUCAACUGCAACAAAGGGGAUUUUCAAGCAAAUAUUUUAGAGUUGGGUUCAACGAUAGUUCAAAUGCAUCACUUGUGAUGGAGACUAUUUUGACAGUUACUCUACCAACAUGUGCAAUUUGAACGACCAGUUAGUAAAAACUUUACUUUUGAUACAGCCCUUGUAUUAGGGUAGAAAGAGUUAUUCUUUUUAUCAUCAAAUUGUUAUUGUUUAAUAAAGUUUGCUAACUGUGAUUCUUAUGACAAAGAAAGAUCAAAUCCAAUCUAGCCAUAAUAACACAGCCUGGAGAAACCAUAUAGCUGUAUAAGCUUAAGACCUUGUGUGCACUUUUAAAAAAAAUUAAUUUUCAUCUCAGAUGUCAAAUGUUGCAUUUUGGUAUUUUAAAUUGUGAAACUACUGGUGCUGUAGGGCUGUAAAAUAUUUUGCGAAAUGUGUCUGUGAAAGUGUGUCAGACUGUAUAUUUGUGAAAUAAA